UUAUUUCUACCGCCAAUAAUAUUGGUAAUAUUAACGAUAAUGGGGAUGCCAAGCAGUGAGGCGCGAGGUGGCUACGCCAUCAUCCUGAUGGCCUUAUACUGGUGCACAGAGUGCAUGCCCCUGGCCGUGACAGCCCUGCUGCCAGUCAUCCUGUUCCCCUUGAUGGGCAUCAUGGGAGCCGGGGAGGUUUGUGUUGAGUAUCUGAAGGACACUAACAUGCUCUUCAUCGGAGGCCUGUUGGUGGCCAUUGCUGUGGAGCACUGGAAUCUCCAUAAGCGCAUUGCCCUCAGGGUUUUGCUGCUUGUUGGUGUGCGACCUGCCUUGUUGAUGAUAGGUUUCAUGAUUGUCUCGGCCUUCCUGUCCAUGUGGAUCAGUAACACGGCCACCACAGCCAUGAUGCUCCCCAUCGCGCAGGCUGUGCUGCAUCAGCUGAAUACCACAGAGGCUCAUGCAGAUGAACGCGAGCUCCGAGCUGCGGGGGAGGACAAUCUCGCCUUCGAGCUGGACACCAAACAAUGUAAAAAGGAAGUGAUAGAUGAGAAAAAACCUGACACCAAGUCUCAGAUGGAAGACAGAGAACGUGACAAUGCGGAACAGGUGUGGGAUGCAGAAACAUCCCUGGAGGGACGGAGGAAGGCACGGGAGCAGAAAUAUGAACUCCUGACCAAAGGGAUGAGUCUGAGCAUCUGUUACUCGGCCAGCAUUGGCGGCACAGCCACCCUCACCGGCACCACCCCGAAUCUCAUCAUGAAAGGACAAAUAGACAAGAUCUUUCCUGACAACGGAGAUGUGAUCAACUUUGCCAGCUGGUUUGGCUUCGCCUUCCCCAACAUGUUGCUCAUGCUGGUGCUAUCCUGGCUCUGGCUGCAGUUUCUGUUCAUGGGCUUCAAUUUAAAGAAGUCGUUUGGCUGCGGCGUAAAAAGUGAUAGAGAUAAGGAGGCAUACGCAGUGAUGAAGGCGGAAUACAAGAAGUUGGGGUGGAUGACGUUUGCGGAGGGAGCGGUGCUGACCAUCUUCAUCCUGCUGGUGGCCUUGUGGUUCACCAGGGAGCCAGGUUUUAUGGACGGCUGGGCGACUGCGCUCUUCAGUGACAAGGGAGAGUUUGUGACGGAUGGAACUGUUGCUAUUUUUAUGUGCCUAUUCUUCUUCAUCAUCCCUUCCAAGCUGCCCAGUUUUGAUGGAUAUGGUUACGAUGAAAAGGGUAAGACGACAGAAAACACCUCAUGUAAGAGGGUGAAUGCUCCUCCUCCUCUGCUGAAAUGGGAAGUGGUCCAUGAACGCAUGCCCUGGCAUAUUAUCCUGCUUCUGGGAGGAGGCUUCGCACUGGCCGCCGGUAGUGAGAAAUCGGGUCUGUCCAUGUGGCUGGGGGAGAGCCUGACCCCUCUGAAGAGCAUCCCUGCCUAUGCCAUCUCCCUGCUGCUCUGUCUGCUGGUGGCAACCUUCACAGAGUGCUCCAGCAACACCGCCACCACCACGCUGUUCCUGCCUGUACUGGCCUCCAUGGCCACAGCUAUAAAGCUACACCCACUGUAUGUGAUGCUGCCCUGCACUGUCGCCGCCUCUCUGGCUUUCAUGUUACCUGUGGCCACACCGCCCAAUGCCAUCGCCUUCUCUUUUGGAAACCUCAGAGUCAUUGACAUGGUGAAGGCCGGCUUCAUGCUUAACCUCAUUGGGAUUCUGAGCGUUAAUUUAGGGAUCAAUACCUGGGGAUAUGCCAUGUUUCAGAUGGACACCUUCCCUCAAUGGGCCAAUGUCACACAUGGUAAACCCUGA